AUGGCCCCAAACCUCUUUGCCUGCGACGCCUGCGCGAAGCCGAUCCCGCCCGCCGACCCCCGUGUCCGCUGCCUCGAUGCCGCAUGCCCCGAGUAUGACCUCUGCGCUGUGUGUGCCCUCGGGGAGCGGUUUACGGGACAACACACCGUCGAGCACGAAACGGUCGUCUACCGUCCCAGCGGCGGCGGCCACGUGCAGGCGGGCAUAUCCGCGCUCGCCAUAGUGCGCGGCGGAUCAGGCGCAUCGGGGCCAGGCUUUGCUCCGCCGCCGAAACGCGCCUCGACAUCCGGAGUGCCCCCGCCCCCGCCUCCCCGCCCGGCGGGCCACGGUCGGGUUCCGUCAACCGGCCCGGGGUCCCCUCGGCCGACACACACUCCACGCCCGAGUUCGACGUUCCAGCCAUCGCCAGGCGUUAGCCAGGGCGGUACUUCCGCCGGAGGGACAUCGGCCCCCGGGCCGCCGCCACAGACACCCCGAGCGGAUGGCGGUGGCUGGGGUCCGUUUUUCGCACCCGACAUGUCGCACCUACCGCCGUAUCUUAAGAUGACCGAAGCCAUCUUCGCCUACCUGGACACGGGUCGCACGGGCUACCUCGUGCCAGAAGCCUACUCCCACUUCCUCAACGACCAGAACUACGUCGGGCAGGAGAACGUGUGGAACAACAACCUGGUCGGGGGGUUUGGGCAGACGAAGGAGGACGCUGCCGACGCCGCGUUGAUGCGCGCCUACGACCUUUUCAGCAUCGAAUACAUCCUCCGUCCGCGGCCCCGAAACCCAAACGCACCGGUUGACCCGCUCACACGCCAACUCCGCGCAUCACUCGGCGGGCUGGCGGAUCAAAUGGUCCCCCCGCCCGCCUCCGGUGGCGUCAUGCCGCUGCUUACGCUGAAAGGCUUCGCCGAGAUCACCGCGAUCGAGAUCCUCGCGGACCCGUCGCGCGGCUGGGGCAACCUCUCCCGCGUGCUCAAGAUGUACGGGCUCGAGGCCGCGCUCGGCUGGGGGCCGCUCCCACGCAGUGUGUUACCGGAGGACCCGGAUCAGCGGGUGUUGGCCCGGGCCGCGCGAGUGCAGGCGACGGCUGAGGAGCGCGCGGAACGGGAAUUGCAGGCGGAGUAUACGAAGAACCGCAUCGCGAAACAGGGCCGCGAGUAUGCGUUGGCGCUGCUGGAUGACCGGCGAUAUGUAUAUUAG